AUGACACUUGAUUUGAAACACAAAGUCAGUCAGGGCAGCUAUUGGAAAAAGAAGGAUGAUGCAGUUGAGGAAUUCUUGGAUGCAUACAAGAACCUUAUGCCACGCAGGUAUUCUUAUUGGGAUGUUAAGAAGAUGACGAAUGGUUUCAAAGAUAAACUUGGCCAAGGAGGCUUUGGUUCUGUUUACAUAGGAGAGCUGUCAAAUGGUCAUCUUGUUGCAGUAAAGAUGCUGAGUGGUUCCAAAGGCAAUGGACAAGAUUUCAUCAAUGAAGUUGGCACAAUAGGAAGAAUCCAUCAUGUCAAUGUGGUGCAACUAAUCGGAUUCUGUUCUGUGGGAUUAAAACGAGCUCUUGUUUAUGACUUCAUGCCUAAUGGAUCCCUAGAAAAACAUAUCUUUCAGGAUCAAGAAAACAAUCUUGCUCUAAGUUGGGAUAGAAUGCUUGAGAUAGCGUUGGGGGUGGCUCGCGCUAUUGAGUAUCUACACCAAGGCUGUGAUGUGCAAAUUCUUCAUUUUGAUAUUAAGCCUCACAACAUUCUUCUUGAUGAAAAUUUUAAUUCAAAAAUAUCAGACUUCGGGCUUGCAAGAUUUUACCCAAGAGACCGGAACACAAUUUCUGUUACUGCAGUAAGAGGUACAAUGGGGUAUAUAGCUCCGGAAAUGUUCUACAGAAGUAUUGGUGGUGUUUCCUACAAAGCUGAAGUUUAUAGCUUUGGAAUGUUGUUGAUGGAAAUGUCAGGGCGCAGGAAGAACAUAAAUACACAUGUACAAAAUUCAAGCCAAAUAUACUUCCCUCUCUGGAUUUAUGAGCAACUAGAAAAGGGAUUGAGCCUUGAAAUUGAGGAGGCAUGUGAGAAUGAUAAGAAAAUAGCCAAGAAGAUGAUCAUGGUUGCUUUGUGGUGCAUACAACUGAUGCCUGCGGACCGCCCUUCUAUGACCAAGGUUUUAGAUAUGCUUGAAGGUGAAGAUGGAGCCUUGCAAAUGGCUCCGAAACCUUUCUUUUGUCCUCAACAGAUGCCAACGGAGGAUCUACCUGAUGACAGUGAUGAGAUGGACAUUGAAGAGGUAUCUAUCCUGCCAGAAAAUGCUACAGAAUCGACUUCCAUAGUGUAA